AUGGUCGAACUAACUGAAAUCAAAGACGAUGUCGUUCAAGUAGACGAACCACAGUUUUCGGGAAAGGAAGCCAUAAUCGAGGAAAAGGCUUCCGCCCCAAACAAUGACGCUGCGGAUGAUGACGAUGAGUCUGACAGUGAUUUUGAAGAUGAAUUUGAUGAAAAUGAAACGUUAUUGGACAGAAUAGUUGCUCUGAAAGAUAUCGUUUCUCCAGGUAAGAGACAAACAAUUUCAGGUUUUUUCAGCUUCACUAGCUCCUUUGUGAAGAAUGCUUUCUCCAAGUCUGGAAACCUUGCUUGGACUCUGACUACUACUGCGUUGUUACUUGGCGUUCCAUUAUCAUUAUCUAUACUUGCUGAACAACAGCUAAUUGAAAUGGAAAAGACAUUUGACUUACAAGGUGAUGCUAAUAAUAUAUUGGCUCAAGGUGAAAAAGAUGCUCCAGCAACUGUCAAUUAA